UUAUGGGAGCUGUAGUGCCAACAGGCCGUGCUACCGCCAGCUUGUUGCCUGACGUCUGGAGGAGCAUUAUACAUGAGGAUCUCUGCAGAAGGGAAGUCCAUCAUAGACAUGAAAAUAGAGGCCAGACUUAUUUGAGGUUUUGGAAACAUGUCCAAGAAAAGGGCCAGGAAGCGCAGCAGCGGCGAGCUGAGCGACAGUCUCACCCCAGAUCCCAAUAACCUGCUGGGCCGACGGAUCCAGCACAGCUGGAGGGAGAAGGGCGCGCUGACCAAGUGGAAGGGCACCGUGCUGGACCGCCUCAGUGUCAACUCCUCCCUGUUCAUGGUCAAGUACGACGGAUUCGACUGUGUCUAUGGCAUCGAGCUCUUUAAGGACGAGAGAGUCUCUAACCUGCAAGUUCUCACAGAGAAAGUGGUGAACAACAAGAUCAAGGUUCCUCACGACGCAGAGGAGCUGGUGGGAAAAGCCGUGGAGCAUCUGUUUGAGAAGGAGGACGGAGAGAAGAACGAGUGGAGGGGGAUGGUCCUGUCCCGAGCGCCCAUCAUGACCAACUGGUACUACAUCACCUACGAGAAGGACCCCGUGCUCUACAUGUACCAGCUCUGGGACGACUACAAAGACGGAGACCUCCGGAUCUUACCUGAAGCGGAGAACAAACACCUGCUGCCUGCAGACAGGAAGCCCGGUGAGGAAACAGAGAGCCUUGUGGGUAAGCAGGUGGAGUAUGUGACGGAUAAAGGGGUGAAGAGAACAGGCCUCGUCAUCUACCAAGUUCCCGCCAAGCCGUCGGUCUACUACAUCAAAUACGAUGACGAUUUUCACAUCCACGUCUAUGACCUGGUCAAGACCACCUAAAAAAACCACAGACAAAACAAAGAAACCCGCAGCGCUUUAAGUGUCCUGGCCUCUCGUUGUACAGUGUGUCAUGCCUCGCCGUGAAUGGCUGGCUGUCGAGGAGCUGUAUGAAGCGUCCGUGUACAGGGUUUGUUAUUUUGUGUUGAUGUCACAGCUUAGGGAGACGAUUUUUACAACCGUCAUAUCAAAACAGUGUAUUUAUACGUGUGCGUUGGGCAUCAUUUCGUAUGUUUCUAAUCUCAUGGACUAGCUUUCAUUCACCCGUAAACCAUGGAGAAGGUUGCAUUUUCAUAUGUAUGAAUGUUCGGGGAGUUUUGAAUUGUAAAUAGUUGUGACCGCAAAAAAAACAAAAAACAAAAAAAAAGUCACGUCAGAGUUACAUUUAAACGUACAGUGAGACUUUCUAACUGACCUAUUUAUUGAACUAAUACGCUUCCUAACCCAGAAUUGCUGUUAAAACCUUUGAGUUGGUAUUAUGCGACGCAUAUUGUGACUUUUAGUUGAGUUUUCCCCCAAAUCAGAUCAUAUCUGCAGUGAAACACAUGAGUGCCAUUCGAGAGGGUUGCCCGUUUUGUCCUGUAUGAAAUAAUUCAUGCUUUUUUAUUUGUUUUGUUGUUAAACAGCAGAAGAGCACUUGUAUCUGAAAACCAAACCAACCAAACUAAAUCUACGAUUCUGAAUGCCAAGCAUAGCAAAGAUGUGUCCCUGGCGCACUAAAGCAGUCUUGAGUCAAUUUGUAGCAACGGCCAAAAAUGCAUUGGGUGGGUCAAAAUUAUUGAUUUUUCUUUUAUGCCAAAAAUAAUUAGGAUAUUAAGUAAAGAAAGCGUCCUACCCUAAAUAUAUCAAUAUUUAAACUAAAUUUUUUAUUAGUAAUAUGCAUUGCUAAGAAUUCAUUUGGUAAACUUUAAACGCAUUUUUCUCAAUAUUUAGAUUUUUUUUUUUUUUUUUUUUGUACCAUCAGAUUCCAGAUUUUCAAAUAGUUGUAUCUCGACCAAAUACUGUUCAAUCCUAAUAAACCAUACAUCAAAGGACAGACUAUUUAUUCAGCUUUCAGAUGAUGUAUACAUCUCAAUUUAGAAAAAUUGACACUUAAGACUUGUUUUGGGGUCCAGGGUCACAAAUGUCUCCUGUUGAUUGUAGUAAAAAUGAUUUCAAAUUUACAGACAAAAAUAAGACUUGUUAGACCUCUACAAACAUCAUGAGAUCUGCCUUACUGUGAAACAGAUUGGUCUGAAUUCAUUAUAUUCAUGCUCAUGUUUCUGAGCUGAGCUUCAUGAGUAGUAAUGAGUGAUUCUUCAUGUGUCAGAUGGACUCGCAGCCCUUAAUAGUGAAAAAUCAGCACAACUUUAAAUGUCUUUUGUGAUGCUUUUUCAUGGCUUCACGUUUUGUUAUAAAUGAUGCACAGGAGCGUGAUGAUUGCCCACCUGUUCAUGUAGCUGAUUAGGCCUUUUUUCGCUUGUAGCAUUUGCACUUUAUUCUCUAAAUGUAGUCUGUAGCUCCAAAGUGUCCCAAAGGAAGUCAGCAAUUUAAAAACACACUCUGAAAAUAAUUUUUUUUCAGCUACAAAAAAAAAAAGUGUCUUCCUUGAUUGGCAUCAUUAAAACAUACAGCAAGCUAUUUGAACUGAACUGAAAUUGUGCAACUUCUAUAUGAUAUUACUAGUAUAUUUUAUUAACCCAAUCCCAUGUGUGUAUAUAUAAAUAUAUAUAUAUAUAUAUAUAUAUAUAUAUAUAUAUAUGUAUAUAUAUAUAUAUAUAUAUAUAUAUAUAUAUAUAUAUAUAUAUAUAUAUAUAUAUAUAUAUAUAUAUAUAUAUAUAUAUAUAUAUAUAUGGGAUCACAUCAGAUUUAUCCACUACUUACAAUUGACUCGUAUAUGAAUGGAUUUGGUUAUGGAAAUGCAAUGCAUAUAAAUGGGGAUUUCAUAUGUAAAUGUGGGACGGUCAGCUCUGCUCUCUGAUUGGGUGUAUUUGCUGUGGUUUGCAUGUGUUUUUCCUGGACAGACCGACGGUUUCUGAAAUCCUUCAGUACAUGAGCGCUUCACGCAGAUUCAUCAGUUGUUUAUUGUGUAGUUUUAUUUUAGUUAGAUAUUCAGUAUGCCAUUAUCAAAAACAUUGCAAGUUUAACUUAUUUUUGGGGGAGAAGAUAACUGAUUUGUUUCUCAUGACUCAGUAAAUCUUUUGGGCAAAGUAUUGUUCAGUGAAAUGCACAAUUCUUUAAAUGAUUUGUUCAGCUUUCAGCUGUUCAUGUGGAUUGAGUUUCCGGUCCGUUUGCCUUCACAUCAGGUGGAUCGCUCGCUGUAUAUUCUCCGUUGUGCUUUAAAAAACACUUGUACUAUAUUUCUGCUUUGCCUAUAGACAGAAGGUUUGAUGAUUUUGACACGUUCAAGGCUUCACGACCCUCGCUUUUUCUUUCUCCUAACUGUGAACGAGUAAUUCUCUCUGGCUUCUCUGUAAAUGUGUUUUAUCGUGUGGUCUGCGAGCUUCUGCCUGUUCCUCUGGUUCUUCUGUUCUUUUGCUGCUUUUUACCAAAGUUAUGUUUCAGUAGGUGACGUUGAGGAGUGUCAAACUAUGUCAAACUAUUCAUCCUGUCUAUCUGUGUAAUGAUGUUAUCGUAAAUAAUAAAAGAGAUAUUUUUUGCACUUAAAA